AUGGCUAACAACAACGUCCCCUACAUGACUAUUCCACCGCCACCAUUACCAGACGUCUACUGGCCUCGAAACGCAACCUCUUUCACUCCAGGCACGGAUGAUGGCGCAGAAGUCGAGUACUCGAUUCGCUAUGAGCGUCGUAGUGAGCUCUCACGCGGCUCCGCCAUACCGUGUGAUGGCACCGAUGAGAGGCUGAGCCACGCGCACAUCAGGACUAGAGAGGAACCACUACCUGGCUCGACGAAGUCCGGAUCUGGCGUCCCAUCACUCGCCAUCUAUCACAUAUGUCGAAUAUGCCUUCGUCCUCGGAGCGCCCGCUACCACCAAGAACAUCCAAUUCCCGAAGAUGGACUUCCGCCCCCGCCAGGCAUUUGUCGACGCUGUCGUGUGGCACCGGCGGAAGAGACAAGGAAGGUUACACACAUAGUCGAGGAACAUGACAGCAAUGAUAUCAAGCUUGGCAUAAGAGCCUUCGUGCCUGACGAGGACUACUAUAGUAAUCAAGAAAUGCGAGAGAAGCGGGCCGCAUACCUCCUGAGACAUGCUGAGUGGCAGGAGAUCGAGCCGCCUCGAAGAAAUGUAAGAGAGGAGGACUCGAGGGACCACAGCUACAAGCACAUUCGUGUCAACGAACCUUCUUCACCAAGCUCGAUGGACGAUGCGACCGAGACAGAGCAAAAAGGAUACAUAUACAGGCAUCUUCAUGUUGCGGCUCCGCCACCACCACCACCCGUCGCAACCCAGCCUGCGUCGCCGAAGCGUAAGGAGUAUAUCCAUCGACAUAUACAUGUGGGAGUUCCCCCGCCACCAGUCAUCAUGGCACCUUCGUCGAAGUCAACGACAUGUCCAGGCACAGCAGCGCAAGAGGUCAGUGAUGCACCGGCCAAGACGUCGACGAAAGGGAAGGUGAGGCCGGAAGAAGUGACGGUGCAGUACAGGCAGUGGCCAGGCUUGCCGCCACCGCCACCCAUGAGUACGACAGGCGUUCGAGAUGCCACGACGAAAGUCAAUCCUGCCAUGGAUGAACAGGUCGCGUGGACGACAUCGAGCCAGACAGCUGCACGACAGCACAGUCGUUCGCACAGGUCAGUGCCGUCAGAGACAGAAAUUCGUCGGCUGGCACGAGACGAGGUGGUGCGAUAUCGCCAAGCUGAGCGCAAGCUGGAAGCUCAUACCGACCCCUAUGCGCACGGCAAGAUGGUACAGGUCGAACGCGUGCCUGUUGAGCGACGCAUCGAGUCUGUGCGUGACGUUCCGGAGGAGAAGCCUUGGGCACGACCAUCUGAAUCUGCUCGCCGGGAUUCUGGUGUUGUACUCAAGGCCCACGUACGGGCAGCUAAGCACAAAGAGGAGAAGCAAGAAGUUGUGGUAGUUUGCGAGACUGGCCAAAAGCCGCGAGACGUCGUUACACGGCAGCAUCGUGCUGCAAUCCCACCGCCAUCUUCGAGUGCGUCAUCUGCACAGGACAUGCCACCGUUUUCACAGAUCGGACGCGCAUCUCGAAGUGAGAAGGCUGUAAGCGAGGUACAGGGUAAAGCUGAGCACUGGACGACGGAGCCCGCUCAAGAACUUGAUCGCGAAACCCAGACACCGAUCCACUCCGAGAAGCCGGACUCCUUGGUGGGCAAGUGGACGUCUCACGACUACUGGAAUGAAGGGGAAGUAGCGAAGACUGUAUUGACUUCAUCGACACGCAGAGGGAACCUGAAAGCAAAGAGACUGCCAAAGGAGGAUCCGGGCGAUGGCGAUCGAAGUUCGUACCGCGACAAUCAGACCACAUCCUACGAGCGACAAUUCCAGAGCGCCAAUAGUUGCGCGACGGCCAGCGAUCGGCCUUCGAGGAAACGAGAUCUGCCUUAUCCGCAAGAAGAUGCGGUACCGGUCUCGAUGCCUUCUCCAAGAUCACACAUGUCCAACCGCAACGACUCCCCACUAAGCGAACCCGCUCCUCGAGAUGGAGACAAGGAAUGGAUAUAUGUCAGACGAACAGUCCAAUCAGCUGAUUGUCCGUGGGCUAAGCACAUAUUCGAUGAUGAUCGCCGAUCGGAUCUGGAUUACAAAGAGACUAAAGAGCGCUUUGUCCACCGCAAGGCAGGUCAAGACAGCCCCAAGACGGUCACGCCGCCGUCCAAGCGUCGUGCGAGUGAUGUUAUUAGUCGUGUUCGGUUCUCGAACAAGCUCGACGUUUCUCCCACGCCACCCGAUAGCGAUGCCAGCUCUUCGGAGUUUCGCAGAAGUGGUCUGAUGAAGCACCAGCAUGAUGGUCCGGCGUCAAACGCUUUCAGUGCUGAAGGCGUUGAGAAAGCAGAUAGAGGACGCUCUGGAAGUCGUACUGUCACACGUGGCGAGCGAGGAUACUACUACGAGCGGGAUACUGUUCGCACAAGAGAGCGCGAGUACCACGAAGCAGACCGUGACCGCACACCGAGGCCUUCCGAUCGUGGACAACGACGUUCUGGCACUAGUGAGACAGCGACUGGCCCGAGUACGCUGCCCAGCGACAUCAGACCUCUGGCUAGAGCGUUCAGCGAGUCUCCGUCACGGGAAACUUUGCGCGAAACAGCUCGAAGACAGAAGCCAUUGCAGAAGCCUGAUAGCAACGGGCCCUACACUGUGGAGCACAACCGCAGUGACAGCGUCGAGGCUUUUGAUGGAAGUACUGUUACCACCAGUAGCCGCAGCAGCAGUGACAAAGAGCGUCGCAUACUCGACACCCGACAGUUGCUGGCGAUGAGGGCCUUAGCAUUACUCCCAAUCGCCUUGAUCGCGGCCUCAUUAGUGCUCACCUUUCUCUGCCUCUUUGCAGGUUCCAGCAAAGGCUUCCUAGAAGACUAUGCAGUCCUGACCCUCAAUACCUCGAGGAUAGGCUAUCUCGAAGCCCUCGAUAGUUCAUCAGACAACCCAAUUGUCGACCUCACCGAUGGCGCAACCGAAGGCAUCCAGGACGAGAUCCAAGACACAAUCAACAGCAUAGCUCAAGAGCUUGGUCUCCACGACUUCUACUCAGCACACCUCAUGUCCUACUGCGAAGGCUACUACGCCCCUAAGGCCGUCCCAGAUGCCACACUGAAACGCUCCGAUAUCACUCACAACGUCACCGGCUGCUCCGGUCGUACCGCAAUGUACGACUUCAACCCGCAGCGGAUCCUUCGGACCGAGCUCGAUAACAGCGGCCACGGCAACAUCGACCUCGUAUCAAACCUGCACUGGCCCGAAGACAUCAGCGACGGCAUCAAGGCUGUGAGGAUAGCUGCUAGAGCGGCGUUCGUGCUCUACUGCGUCGCAAUCGGGUUCGAAGGGACUGCGCUUGUCCUGGCCAUAGUGAGCUUCUUCCUCGACGGACGCUUGAGCGCUUUCGCAAAUAUGUUCGUCGAAUGGAUGGCUUUCCUGGUCAUUGGCAUAGCAAGCGCUCUCACGACUGCGAUUGCGGUGAAGGGAGCCGAUGUGAUCAAUGAACAUGGCGACGAGAUUGGAAUUCAGGCAGAGAGAGGCAACAAGUUCCUGAUCUUGACAUGGGUUGCCACGGGCUCGAUGCUGUUGGCUAGCAUUGUGUGGUGUUUUGACUGUGUCCUGGGAAGCAGGCGCCGCCGGGCGGACACCAAGUACGACUGA